UCUCAUGUUUAUCCCUUUUGCUUUUUUUCAAUGGGCAUUAUCCCUGUACGAGGUCCAUUUAAACAUGAUGAAUCAAUUAAUUUUGAGCUCAAACACUUGUGUACUUUUUACACUUACGUUUUUCAUCUGGCAUUUUGUAUUAUCUCGUUGCCAGUGUACAGUGUUUUAUGUGUUGUUGACAAUAAUUUACAGUGGCCUGUGACCAUAUUAAACUCUGCUCAAAGUUUGGAUGUGAGGAGAAAGGUUGUUGGCUUAGUGCUUUUGACCUUUUGUACAUCAAAGAGGAUACCAAGGUGUUGGGAACGGGCAGACACUGGCUCACAAUCUGUGGGUCACACCCCGCACCGCAACUCUGUUGCAGAAGCUUGGAAUAAAGCCUGCACAUGCCAUCUUGAAGCAGGCCAGGAUGAGAAUCUCCUGAACUUGUUGCAAGCAUUUGCUCCUCUCAAGCCUAUUCCGGAAAAUGCCGGAGGUGUGACUGUGAUGCCACUCCUGGACCAUCCAGACGGUUUCAUGGUGGCUAGUUGUCACUGAAAAGAUGUCGUUUCAGGAAUCAGGUCUCUCUGCGGUUUGCGCCCCUGAGCAAAGAUUCCCAAAUCUAUUUGGGGUACUGCUAGAUCGCGUCUUUGUCUGCAGAAUAUGUUUUGCCAGCUUUCGUCUAAUCACAAGCUGGGGAGCAGUCUGGCAAGUAUUUCAAGAUAUUUGCAACCUGUUUGCUUAUAAAUUCCACGGUAAUGUGUCGUAACAUGUGCAAUAAAUUACUUCAUCAUAAACGCCCGUGAAGGCCUUUUCAAUUAA